GCUGUUGUUUAACGGGAGGGACCGGGGAUCCUGGAAACUGGCGAGGUGAUGCGUUUCGGGCGGGGGACGGCGGCGGCGUUCCUGCUGCUGCCGCCGCCGUCUCUGGAACCGCUGGAGAAGGAAGACGAGGAAGAGGCGGUGGCAGCGGGGGCUGGGAUCAAGGAGAGCUGGUGCCCGGCGGGCCCGGGCUCGGCGGCGACGGAUGCCGCGGAGGGACGUGCGGCUGCCCGGCGUAGCUGCUCUUUUCUGGAAGACGGCUGCCUUCGGAAAGACGGUGGGGACCGCCGGUCGCGGAGGCCGAACCCCAGAGGCGGCCGCGAUCCGGAGAAGUCGCGGCAGCCCUGAAAUGUAUUCCCCUUUCCCUCCCCGUCAGCGGCCAUGUUAACCACCAGGAAACCGUCUGCCGCCAGUGUCGCUGCGGCUAGUGCCGGUGGAGCUGCCUCGGCCGCCGCUUGCCCAGCCGGGAGCAGGGGAGGAGGAGGAGAAAGCAGCCGCCAGUUCCAGUCUUCCCCAGGGAUCGGGGCUGGACGAACUUCCCGGACGGGCGCUGGGAUCGGACCGCCGUCCCCGAUCGCUUUGCCGCCGCUGAAGUCCAGCAGCGCAGCCCACACGGUUGGUGGAAAUAAGCACACCAUGAAUGAGCAUCUACAUGUUACCAGCCAUGGGCAGAUCCAACAGCUCUUUGAAGAUAAUAGUAACAAAAGGACAGUUCUAUCCACACAACCAAAUGGGCUUGCAACAGUAACAAAAUCAGGACUGCCAGUGGUACAAGAUAGACAACUUGAGAGCUGUCAUAGGCGUCAGGGAAGCUCCAACUCCUUGAAAUCUACUGAAGGGCCAGGAAAAUUAAAAGCUACUCCCAUGACUCCCGAUCAAGCAAUGAAGCAAUACGUGCAAAAGCUAACAGCCUUUGAGCAUCAUGAGAUCUUCAGCUACCCUGAAAUAUAUUUCUUGGGUCCAAAUGCAAAGAAAAGGCAAGGUGUCAUUAGUGGUCCAAACAAUUGUGGAUAUGAUGAUGACCAGGGAUCUUAUGUACAAGUACCCCAUGAUCAUAUAUCAUACAGAUAUGAAGUUCUUAAAGUUAUAGGGAAAGGAAGUUUUGGACAAGUGGUAAAGGCAUAUGAUCACAAGAUGCAUCAACAUGUUGCUCUGAAGAUGGUGAGAAAUGAGAAGCGUUUUCACCGCCAAGCUGCAGAAGAGAUUAAAAUUCUGGAGCACCUUAAAAAACAGGAUAAAGAUAAUAACAUGAAUGUUAUACACAUGCUGGAGAACUUCACAUUCCGCAACCAUAUAUGUAUGACAUUUGAGUUGCUGAGCAUGAACCUUUAUGAGCUCAUUAAGAAAAAUAAAUUUCAGGGCUUUAGCCUGCCUUUGGUUCGCAAAUUUGCCCACUCCAUUUUGCAGUGCUUGGAUGCUUUGCACAAAAACAGAAUAAUUCACUGUGACCUUAAACCAGAAAACAUUCUGUUAAAACAACAGGGUAGGAGUGGUAUUAAAGUGAUUGAUUUUGGCUCUAGCUGUUAUGAGCACCAGCGCGUCUAUACAUAUAUCCAAUCACGUUUUUACCGUGCUCCUGAAGUCAUCCUUGGUGCUCGAUAUGGGAUGCCAAUAGAUAUGUGGAGCCUGGGCUGCAUUCUUGCUGAACUCUUAACAGGAUAUCCUCUCUUACCAGGAGAAGAUGAAGGAGAUCAGCUGGCUUGUAUGAUAGAACUUUUGGGUAUGCCUUCCAGGAAACUACUGGAUUCAUCAAAAAGAGCAAAGAAUUUUGUGAGCUCCAAGGGCUACCCCCGAUACUGUUCCAUUACUACCUUGUCAGAUGGUUCUGUUGUGCUUAAUGGUGGACGUUCCAGGCGGGGCAAAGUGCGUGGCGCCCCAGAGAGCAGAGAAUGGGGGAGUGCAUUGAAAGGAUGUGAUGAUCCGCUCUUCCUCGAUUUCUUGAAACAGUGUUUAGAGUGGGAUCCAAUGCUGCGUAUGACACCCAGUCAGGCUUUACGGCAUCCCUGGCUAAGGAGACGUUUGCCAAAGCCGCCAACUGGGGAGAAGACUUCAGCAAAAAGAAUCACAGAAAGCACUGGUGCUAUCACAUCCAUUUCCAAGUUACCUCCAACUUCAAACUCAGCUUCAAAACUGAGAACUAAUCUGGCACAGAUGACGGAUGCCAAUGGGAAUAUUCAGCAGAGGACAGUGUUGCCAAAGCUUGUGAGCUGAGGUUUGAAUAAUCUAAUGCUGAUUAAAAUAAAGGGAGAGAGAGAGAGAGAAAUUGCGCAAUUAUGUCACUGAGCCUUAUUCACAUGAAAAAGAAGCUCAGAUUUCUAUUUUUAUUUGAUCAAUAUCUUUAAACAUUUGUAUUUUUUUCAUUGAUUACUUUAAAUGUGUUAAGCAUGGUUUUGAUUUUAUAAAAAAACAACAUGGGGAUAAUGCUUUAAGUUUUUACACUUUUUUAAAUGAAAUGUUUCUCUUGUAAACAACAAUUAGCCUUAUCAUGAAAUUUGUAUGGCACAACGAGGUGUCAGUGGCAGGCCACUGGUAACUAUCUAAGCUUGAUCUUUUUAGCUAGGUGAGGAAAAGAAGAGUAAAUUCCUUUUCCUCAUCAUGGCUUUCUUAGGAGUGAAUUUUAAUACUUUCUUAUCAUUGCUUUUGUUAUAGCAGUAGGCUUCAUUCCUAUAAGCAUUUAUUCAUAUUUUCAUGCAAUGAUCUAGAAAAUAUUCAGGGCUACAAGUGAGGUUUUGCAUGGCUGUUUGUGGUUCUGUCGGUAGUAUGGAUUAUUUACAGAAUGGCACAUAACAUUGUUAAAAUAUCCCAAUAGAGCAUCCACAAAGGGCUUACUUCAUGCUCAUAACAUUCCUUUAACAAUUCUCUAUCAAAUAUCCAGGAAGAAAUACUGAAAUUUGAUGCAAAGUUUCUGAAGAUACAAUAUUUACAUUAAAAAAGCCCAAACUUAUUCCACUAUUUAGCUAAUGUAAAAGUAAACAUUUAUAGCAUGAAAAUGUGCUAUUUGGCAUAUUUAUGAACCUCAGAGAACAGUCCUGAAUCUGUUCAUUUGGAAGUAAUUUCCACUCCUUUAAUGGAAUUUGUAAAAAUAAUAAAGGUAGGAUAAAAAUAAAUUUUAAAAAAUAGGGAUCGAGCUUAAAUACUUUAGACUGCAACUCACUCAGCUGUUCCUCUGAAUUAAAUU